AAUUAGUAAUAAAUAACUCUCUUGUGCUCAUUUAACAUAACAAGGAAGAGAUUUUGGCCAGCAUUAAAAAAAGUUUUUAAAAAAAGCAAGUUUUUUUUUGAGUUGCAUCGCUACAUGCACUGCAUGGCAUUUGUUAAUGUAUACAUGUUAUGAGCCUUGUUUCAUCCAAGCAUCAUAGAUAGUAAAAUUGAAAUGCAUCAAACUUUGAUAAAUUCUUUUACAAGCCAUUCAGUCUGAUAUAUACAUGACAGGCUGACAGUUGCCAUGUAGGCCUAUCAGCCUACCUCUUACCAACAAUUCCUUCUUUGUUGUAUUUUUACUGGUUUUCCAGUGGGUGCUAGAAGGAUUAUCCAUAAGUUGAGACUGCAGGUUUGUUAACUAUGAAAAUACAAGCAUUUUCUCCAAUUCUAACCAUAGAUCCCUCACUUCAUGCUAUCUAUACCACAUACCAAGCUAUAAUGACUUCUGAUAUGAUUCCAGGUGAAGGAAAUAUCACUAUGUCGGGUGAAUUUAAUUUUACUUGUGAUCCAGAAGCAGCAAAAGUUGUCCUUGAAGAAGUCUCAAAGCCGAUCUAUCUCACGCCAUGGGAGAUAUGCCUCUACCAAACUGGUUUACCUUAUGCAGUGCGACUAGAAAUGGGAAGUGUAAACACCCCAGAAGCAGAGCUAAUGAAUGUCAUUGAAGCUAGAGUUAAUUCUAGAAGAAAGUUUACAAAGUGGAUUACAUGCGACCAGUUGGCUAUGGCUUGGAUGCUUGACAAUGUAACAGAACCUGAAAAUAUGAAUGGAGAAACUGAAAGCAAGGACUGUGAUACUAAUAUCCUUGCCAUGUCCACCAAAACGUGUUAUGCGGCAGUUGAACUACAGGUAAGUAUUGUUUAAAACCUUGAUCUUCCAGUAACUUAUUUUAUGAUU